UCGUAUGCCUGUAUGAAUCAUUUACCCACCCCCCUGACCGGAUAGGAGCUCUCUUCUCCUCGGAAGUCUGCCAUUGCGACAUCAGCGAGGCCCGCCAGGAACAGACCGGAAGCGGGCGAGUGAUACGUGUUCUCAUCGUAGGAUCAGGAAUCACAGAGGGCAAAUGGAUCCGGGGUCCUUGAUCACCGAGCCGAUGGAGGCCGCCAAGAUGUCGUCGAAGAAUUUCCGCGUCAGUGACGGAGACUGGAUCUGUCCGGAUAAGAAAUGUGCCAAUGUAAACUUUGCCAGAAGGACAAGCUGUAACCGAUGCGGACGAGAAAAAUCAACUGAUGCAAAAAUGAUGAAAGCCGGAGGGACAGAGAUUGGGAAAACUUUGGCAGAAAAGAGUCGCGGGUUGUUCAGUGCUAAUGACUGGCAAUGCAAAACAUGUGGGAAUGUAAAUUGGGCCAGACGAUCGGAGUGUAACAUGUGCAAUACACCAAAGUAUGCCAAACUAGAAGAAAGAACCGGAUAUGGAGGUGGCUUUAAUGAACGUGAGAACGUAGAAUACAUUGAGCGAGAAGAGUCUGACGGAGAGUACGAUGAGUUUGGGAGAAAAAAGAAAAAAUAUCGUGGAAAGCCAGGCAGCUCUAAUGCGGUCGUCGUCAUUAAGAAAGAAGAGAAGGUGUCUGCAGGUGAGGAAGAGGAGGGGGAUGAAGAGGAGGAUGAAGAGGAUGCAGAUCUAUCAAAAUAUAAACUGGAUGAUGAUGAAGAUGAGGACGAUGGUGACCUUUCAAAAUAUAACCUUGCCAGUGACGAAGAAGAUAAUAGUAAAAUUAAGAAAUCCACCCGCAGCAGAUCUAAAUCUCGAUCAUCCCAUUCCUCCUCCCACUCAAGCUCAAGGUCUAGGUCCAGGUCUCGCUCAGGGACUUCUUCCAGUUCAAGAUCGGGCUCCAGUUCAAGAGACCGUUCUCAAUCUCGGGGUUCCAAAUCCAGAUCCAGCUCCAGGUCGCACCGGGGUUCUUCUUCCCCGAGAAAAAGAUCUUACGCAAGCUCCCGGUCCUCGUCAUCUUCUGGGAAGGGCAAGAAAAGGAGCCGCUCCAGAUCCUCGUCCACUGAGCGCAAAAAAAAGCGAACAAGAUCACGGUCAACCGAAAGGCGCAGAAACUCACCGUCUGGCUCGUCUCAUUCUGGCUCCCGAUCAUCCAGUUCCAAAAAGAAAUAGAUAUUUAGGAGUAAUGUCCACUCUAAUGCAUGAGGAGGAUAAACAAAUGUUGCAAAAAGA